AUGACAGGGUCAUCCAAUAGUACGGAGUGGAUGUGGGGCGGAGAUGGCGACUUCUGCGACGAGGAGUUCGCCGACCACAGCGAUCGCAGCGGUCGCACGGGUUACUACUCCGGCGACGAGGAGCAAGCGCCGUGGAGAGGACAGGCGGAAACUGUGAUGACCACGCACGGGCCGCUCCGCGUGACGGUGUGCGGGAAUCGGUCGCUGCCGCCUCUCCUUACCUACCACGACAUUGGCUUAAACCACUCGACGUGCUUCGAGGGCCUAAUGCUGUGUCCCGAUACAGCGCACUUGCUGCUCGGCAACUUCUGCAUCUACCAUAUCGACGCGCCGGGGCACGAGGCGGGCGCGGGGGAGAUCUCUCCGCUGGAGGCGCAGCUCACGGCGAGCGACCUGGCGGAGCAGGUGGCGGAGGUGAUGGCGUGGUUCCGCCUGCCGCCCGCCGUGUGCAUUGGCGUUGGCGCAGGGGCAUACGUCCUCACCCUGCUUGCGCUGGAGCGUCCCCAAGCGGUGCAGUCGCUGGUGCUGGUCUCACCCGUGUGCCGGGCGGCGUCGUGGGGCGAGUGGGCGCGCAGCAAGGUGCUGCUGGGCGUGCUGUGCGUGGCGGGCAUGAGCAAGUACGUCAAGGAUGCGCUCGUGCACCGCUACUUCUGCCACCAGCAGACCGGCUUCCAUGGCCCCGCCUCCGAUUCCAUCCUCAUGUUCCGCCAGGAGUUGGACAACAGGGAGCCAGAGAACGUCAUGCGAUACCUCGACAUCAUUCACAGUCGCAUCGACCUCACGCCCUUCCUGCUGCACCUCAAGUGCCCUGUGCUGCUGGUAGCAGGCGAGAUGUCUGAAGCAUCAAUGCAAGAAGCUGCACACAUGAUGUGCCACCUUGACCCCAUGACCACGUCCUGGGUUCAAGUAGAGGCUUCGGGUGCGCUCGUCACAGAGGAGCGACCGCACAUGCUCAGAAAACCCCUCGAGUCAUUCUUUGCCCGGCAAGGCAUGCACUGCGUGUCGCCCUUUGCCGCGUCGCUGGAUUACUCUCGCUUUCCACCUUGA